UCAGUUUCGUUUUGGCAGUUUAUCACAGGGUAGCUUUUCUGAGCCGCAAUGUCUGGACGCGGAAAGCAGGGCGGCAAGGCUCGCGCCAAGGCCAAGACGCGCUCGUCGCGGGCCGGGCUGCAGUUCCCGGUGGGCCGCGUGCACCGCCUGCUCCGCAAGGGCAACUACGCCGAGCGGGUGGGGGCCGGCGCGCCGGUGUACCUGGCGGCCGUGCUGGAGUACCUGACGGCCGAGAUCCUGGAGCUGGCGGGCAACGCGGCCCGCGACAACAAGAAGACGCGCAUCAUCCCGCGCCACCUGCAGCUGGCCAUCCGCAACGACGAGGAGCUCAACAAGCUGCUGGGCCGCGUGACCAUCGCGCAGGGCGGCGUCCUGCCCAACAUCCAGGCCGUGCUGCUGCCCAAGAAGACCGAGAGCCACCACAAGGCUAAGAGCAAGUAGUGACCUAUAUGAUGGUUUACAGUAGCUCGAGUAAGUCGAGUCCAAACCCAAAGGCUCUUUUCAGGGCCACCUAUCUUUUCUGGAAAAGAACUUAACAUUUUUUUGACACUAAGGAAGGAAAGUGAGAUGUAGGGAAAUUGGGUCACU